AUGGUAAAUAUAACUUUAUUGCCCUCUGCUCAUUCUAGUAUGCCAGCAAAGCGUCGCGCUGCCCAGCCGGCCGAGACGUCAACCGCGAAACAGCGCCCCUCCAAGCUCGCAAAAGAACACAACAUCACCGCGGCAGAGGAGCUAGAGAUCAAGGAGGCCUUCGAGCUUUUCGAGGAGACGCGCAAGGGCGAGAAGGAGAAGGUCAUCCCGAUUGGAGAUGUGCGCCGCGCUAUGAAAGCCUUGGGUGUUGCGCCCAGCCCAGAUGAACUCGAAGAGUUUAUAUCCAUCCUUGACCCUGACGAAGAGGGCUUCGCGGUCUACAGCUCCUUCGUCGCUAUCUGCGCCUUGAAGUUCCACAACCGAACCCGCACGUCCGAUUCCCACGCCAAGGAAGUAGAUGAGGCGUUCGCAUUGUUUACUAGCAGCGGAGGCGAGGGACGAAUCACACUUGCGACGCUGAAAAGGGUUGCGAGGACACUGAAGGAGGAUGUGGACGAAGAGCUGAUGCGCCGCAUGAUCUUGGAGGCCAACGGGGGUGCUGGGGUGGCCAAGGGUGUGGAGAAAGAUGAGUUUGAGGUGAUUAUGAGGAGAGCAGGCGUGUGGAGAUAG